CCGGCACGGAGUGCAUAAUUCUAACCAUUAAAUUUAUGAAUGAAAGUCAGUUUGACUUAAAUAUUUUGUUAUCAGAAAUGAACAGCAAAUCUCAGAUUUUGAAAAAUGCUUCUUUGCUUCAACUGUAUGCAAGAGCAGGGGCGCCAAAUAGAGAUUACUACGGUCUAACUAUUGCGGAAUCUUGUAUAUGCUUCAACGUGUGGAAAGUGACCCGCGGUCCCCACUAUUUCCCGAGGCAAAAAAUCAUGGACGUCGAAGAUUUCAAAUACGACAAGCACGUACAGGAAGAGAUACGGACGUCUUUCGGAGAAACCGUUCACGAAUAUAUCGUGAAUUUGUCCAAUCGCCAAAGAAAACUGGAAAAUCUGCCGCAAAAGGCCUUCAUGAACGUCAUCAAGUAUCUGUCGAUCAAUGAUGUGCUGAGAUUGGGUAGAACGAAUAAAAUUUUCUAUGAAUUAUGUAAUACAGAAGCGGUAUGGGAAGAAAUGUUCAAAAAAAUCUUAGGAAGACGUCCAUCUUCAGAAGAAAAAUUAAGCGCUAUAGAUUACGGUUGGAAAGGAGCCUUGAAGAAGAGAAUAGCCUUCGUUAGAAGAGUAGCAGCUGCGAAGGCCACUAAAAGUCAAACUGCUAUCGCUACACCACCUAUUCCGAGACAUCCUGCUAAAGUUGUUCCUGCAUCGAUGGUUAGAAAGACGCCGUCGGUUACGGUUAAAAAGACGUCGUCGGUUACGUUUAUAAAACCGCCUCCGAAGGGUAUUAUGUCUAACAAAACUUUGUUGAGAAUAAAGUAAAAAUAUUUAAUAACAUUUAAUAAAUUCCAGAAAACUAAAUGAUAAACCCGGUCUUUAAAUUGUGACUUCCUAGUUUUUCUAAUAUGUAUCAUACCUCCUUUAAAAUAGGGAAUGAUUCAAAGUAUCUUGUGCAUGAAGAAUAUAAAAGUAAUUUUGGUAAUUAUAUAUCCAAUUCGGAAUAAGCGUUUUGAUAUUUGAUAGUGCAGAAGCCAAAUUGUUGGGACAUUUUAGAUAA